ACGCGUUCAAUUGUUGUCAAAAAUGGAGUCAGAUUUGGACUUCUUUCCGGAUUAUUUGAACGGUUACCAGUUCGACGAUGGCGAAGGCGAAGAAGUGGAAGAAGAGGAGAUCAAAUACCAUUACAUCGAGAUCUUGGACGCUCCGCGAGAGCUAUUACCACCGGUCGAAUUAACUCUGAAAGACCUCUCGCACAUAGCGAACGAGCUGGGUUUGAUAAAACUUUGUUGGCCCGAAAUCGAACAUCCGGAAUUUGAGAAUCGGGUGAACUUCCCGGAAAGCUACUUAGCCAAUUCCAAUAAGGAGAAGUUGCUUUUGCUCUACACGGAAAAUUUCAGGAGGCAAUUCAGCUACAAGUAUCCUCACAGGAAGCAAUUAUUUCUGGCCAGUAACAACGAAUGCGGAAUGCAGAAAAUGGUGUGCAAUACGAUUCGGCUCACAACGCUUCCCUAUCCGGAAAUUGAAACCUGGCAGGACUGCGCGAAAUUUGUGGGAAAUGCGCUGCGGUUCGAGCCGUUCGAGAUUCCCACCUUGAUUCCAAACCGUUUCUACUCUCCUCACACAACCUUCGUCCGCAAGUCCGGACAGCCCCACGAGCUUGCUUGUGUCCUUUGUUCCCUCCUCAUAGGCCUCGGUUACGAUGCCUACGUGGUCUUCGGCUACGCAGUGCGAGAUAUAACGUUACGAAUAAUGAGUCGUGUCGAUUCUCCAUACCCCCCCGAUGAGAAACAAGAAGAUGUACGUGACGAAGGUGAAGACAAUAAGAAAUACACCGUUAAGCCCCCCAGAGAUUUGCGAAGUAAAUUUUUAUUGAUGAUGGAACAGAAAAAAAUCGAUCAGAUCAAAGCCGAACAAGAACGCGAAGCCGAACUGGAACGGCAGAGAGAAGAGGAGGAGGAACGGCCGCCGCCGGACGAUCUGGAAGGGAUGAGGUUCCAUUUUUGGGUCCUGAUAAGGACAGAAGGUCGCGCCAUCGACGAAAAUACUUUCGUUGAGCCGAGUACUGGAUAUGCGCAUCCGGUUAAUAGUCCGUUGUACAGUGGCAUCGAAAGUGUUUGGAAUCAUUUGAAUUAUUGGGUCAAUAUGCAAGACUGCAAGGAAGGGUUGGGUACAAUCGACUACAAUUUGCACGAUGUUGAAAAAUGGGAACAUUUGUUGAUCGGAGAGCCGACUCAGUGGAGAGUCACCGUCGAAAAUUUAAAUAUGGAUGACGAAGAAGCCGCUUUAGCGAAAAUAAUGGAAGAAAAACAUUUAGACAUGCCGAUAUCUUGGAGCAUGAAAAUAUCUAUACCGCACAAAGCUCUAAAACAAAAAUACCCCGAAGGCAUGAUCAGUACUUGGUAUAAAAAAACACUAGUCGAAGAAUACGCCCCUUAUAUUCAAUAUGACGGACUUUUAACCAAAAUUAUGAGAUAUAAAGACUUUGAUUGUACGGAAUGUAUCACAGUUGAGCAGAUUUACGAAAACAGACAAGACAAAUUGAAGAAAAUUGUUUAUGAUUUAAAAAGCGAUCUAGUCACGGAGUAUUUUGGCCCUGGGCGAGAAGAUGCCGUGAUUGAGCACACUUACUCGAAUAAAGACACCGAUUCAAAUAAGCGGAUAAUUAAGUUCAACCACAAGGCACGCUACGACGGCUUGGAAAAAAUUGAAUUCGAGCGGGAACACAUGGUUGAAUAUUACAUAGACCGUGACGAUUUGUUUUAUUUUCGCGAAGUGUUCUACGCCCGCAAAGGCCAACCCCCGCCUGGGUUCACCGAAAGUCACCGAAAAUUGAUUCUAAGAAUAAUCGAGAAAUACGAAAGGAACCAUAAAGUCCCCGCGAGUCACGAUAUCGCGACCCGAGAAUUCGCAAUCGUCGAUAGACAGAUUCUUCUAAAGUAUCAUUUCGGGGAAGGAAGAGUCACUUGCUCGACCAGGAAUUUCAAUAAGCCUUCGAUUGCGGAAUCGGGGGAGGGAAUGAAGUUCACACCUGAACUCACCUGGGGUUAUGUCGCCGAAAUCGGGGCGAAGCCCCCCACACAGCUGGAGUUGUUCCUUUUAUUCCAGAAAAUGUUGAAAGAAGAGGAGAAAUCCCUGUCGCGGAUCCGCGAAAUCGAGGACCAGGUUGCAGAGUUUUUGACGCUGAGAGACCACGAAAUGGCAUUCCCGAAGCUGGACGUCUCGCUAUUUAAUAUCGAGCAGAACGAGGAGUACCGUCAGGGAAUGUUGGAGAAAGAAAAACAAGAACAGGAAUAUAAAGAAAGGGAAAUUGAGGAUGCAGGUGUUGAGUAUUUGACGCCGUAUUUGACUCUGUUGGGAAAUCCGGAGAGCGUAACCCCGGUUGAGGCGUUCAAGAUUAAGGAGAAGUGUCUCAGUGAUUUUAAACAGUUGUUGCUUAAUCGGGCCAUUUGUAUUCAAAAACAGUUCGAACACUGGACGCAGUAUUUGAAAGACAGGCAACAGUGGUACAACAUUAAUCAAGACACGGUCACAGAAGAGGACGAAAUAAAAUAUUUUCAGGAAGUUAAUGACUUGACUUUUCUUUUACAGUGCUACGAAAUUCGCUUGGCUCGUCAUCGUGACUUAUCAUUUUUCAGAUAUGAAGCCGUGGUCAGGUAUUUGAAUGCACAAUUAAAACCACUGAUCGAAACAUUUGGAUAACGUAUAUUAAAAAAUAAAAAAUUAUGAGAUCCAUACAU